UGCAACAGUAGUAGCAGUAUUAGUGUGGUCUCCCACCUUAAUGAUAUGGUCCUUUGGUUUUAUUUGAGGUUCAUAACAGCACAUUGUACUAAGGUUGGCUCAUUCGUUUGUUAUUCAUAUGCACUAAAAUUCACCAGAAUGCAGGAAAUCAUGUCUUUGUAACUAAAAUUUUCCUAGUGGGGGACUCCCAGACCCCCCGCUUAAAAAGUGGCCUGACUGGGACUAUAUUUCCUGGCCUGAAUGAUUGAUGACAACAGACAACAGAUAGCAGUAAAGAAUAUUGCACUAGCAACAACAAUGCAUUGAAUGUCUUCAGCCUCCUCAGAAAGUUACUGAAUGUCUGCUCUGUCAUUUCCUGUAGAAAGCCACUUUCUUUUCCAGUCUAGUAUGUUGUUGGGAUGGGCUCCAAAAUAUUUCUAUUUUAAACAACCACAAUCUCUUCUCCCUUAAUAGAGAUGAAGUUUGUUGCAUUAAAUGUGUUUGCGUAUCUGAAGCAUGACCUACGCCCAUGCACAUAUUAUUGCAAAUACAGGCUCCUCCAAAACUAAAAGUGAAAGCCUGAGAAGUGCAUGUCAUCUUUUAAAUCACAUGGUUUGCUGCUAAAUUGAGGGGGUAUAUAAAAGAACAUUUCCAGUUUCGAUUAGCACUUGAGGAGUCUCUUUGUUCCAGAGAAACAUCUGUAGAGCUAUGGGAGGAGGUAAGUUUUGACCUGCUAACACCCCCACCUUCUCAUGGUAACAUAUUCAAAACAUUGCAUAACAUUGUUAAAAACUUAAUUAUGGUAACAUUCACAGAAAACAUUGUUGAUGAAGUGGUUUAAAAUAUGGCUUAUGUCUUAUUUAAACUAUAUAUCUGCAGAUUUAAGUAAGCCAUGGAGGGAGAUGCCAGAGAACAAAACUGAUGAUCUCAGCUUUGUGGAAAAUUAUCAACCAAAAAAGGUCAAACAUCUCAGAAUUCUGCUUCAUGGACCAGUUGGUGCUGGCAAGUCCAGUUUCAUCAACUCUGUCAUCAGCUGUUUACAAGGCAGAAUUAACUGUAACAGAGCUUUCACAGAUGCAACCUCUGGGAGCAGCUUCACCACUCAAUACAAAUCUCACAAAAUCAAGACUGAAAACUCAGCCAGUUCUUGUCCCUUUGUUUUCAAUGACACCAUGGGCCUUGAGGAAAGAAAUAACCAUGGAGUCCAUGUGGAAGACAUCAAACUGGCCAUGAAAGGACAUGUGAGAGAAAACUACAUGUUUGAUCCUGAAUCCCCAUUGUCUGAGGGUGAUGAAGGUUACAACCCAUGCCCCACACUAGAUGACAAAGUUCACAUUCUGGUUUUUGUUGUUGACGCUGGUAAAUUAUCUUUAAUGGAUGAUAAGGUUGUGAAGAAAAUGAAGGAUGUACGACGGGCAGCCUCUGACUUGGGGAUUCCCCAAUUGGCAAUUCUAACAAAAAUUGAUGAAGCCUGUCCUACGGCUAAAACAAAUGUACAAGAUGUCUAUAAAAACAAGUGUCUGAAGGAACAGGUUGACAUGUUCAGCCAGUUGGUGGGCCUUCAACUGAGCUGCAUCUUUCUUGUGAAGAACUACGGUUCAGAAGUCUUCACAAAUGAUGACAUUGACACAAUGAUACUGAACACACUGAGACAGAUAAUAAACUAUGGAGAGGACUUCCUGGACAACCUGGAGCAAAACUGAACAAAACCUGUUUGAUUGCAGCAUCAAAAAAAUGGCACAACUUCAUCUAGAAAUAUACCUUUCGCAUUGUAGAUCAUCUUUUGAGCAAGUAUUUUACACACCUUGUGGCAAUUUUCAUCUAGAAUGGAUAUAGUGUAUAUGGCAUCUAUUAUGAUAGUUUUACAUUACAUGAUUCUUAAGGGAGUUUGGAAAUUUGUCAUUUAGCCUGUUCUAUUUUACCUUGUUGAAUAUGAACAAGCCACAAAUCAUUCUGUUGUAACUAAAACCUGGAUGACUGUUUUUUUUCUUGCUGUGAAAUUGAGAUUUUUGUUUUCAUUUUGUUGUAUUAUUAGUUUUAAAAGACAAAGAUCAGACUCAGAGAUCAGAGAGGAUUUUAAAGGGUGAAACAGUAACGCUGUAAUGAAGUGUUAUUAUUUGAAUUCAAAAGUGUCAUCGGUUUCUACAUAUAUCUUGUGUGAAAGCUCGGUAAGUUUGUAGAAUGCAAAUAUAAUCUAAAUAUAAUAAUUUCCGUGUAGAUAUUUGCUGGGGUUUUACAUAUAAGAACAAAAUAAACUUUUGUUUUCUUAAAUAAAUAUUAUAGCUGUAAUGGAAAAAAAAUGUUUAACUAGUAUAAACUGUUUUUGUGCUUGACUAAUAACCUUUGUAGCAAUGAUAUGUUGUUAUCAUGUUUUGCUUUUUGCAACGCUUUUUGCGUUUUGUUCUAUCUGAAGGUACUAGCAGAUGUCUGAAAUUUGUCAGUAUCAUUUACAAGGCUGAGAGACGUUAUAAAUGUAUCAUGUAUCCUUAGUAUGAGGUUUUCACUCCUUCAGAGUGAACCC